GAUCUCCUCGCAGAGCUUCCUUAUUACAAUUUAACCCCGCAAUUUACUUCGGAGCCCCAGAUUCUUGCCCUCCUUCCUUCAUCUUGCUCAGGAGUUGCAGAGUAGCGGCAACGCCCCAAACGUUGCACAACUCCCUAGGGCCUGCGCGGCCCGUGUGCGUUCCUCUAGCCUGGGGCUUCGUGUCGGCUUACAAGUGACUUCGCUGGUAUGAAAUACAUUCUGGGACUAUCUACUCAUCAAUCGAUUGUCGCCACUCCCCGAGGCGAAACACAGUAGCAGAAGUUCAUCGCCUAGUCACCUGGUAGAAGGACGUCCCUUUUACAGGCGAAGGAAGCCGAAAUCUCUUAGCAUCGCUAACCACAACUUCGCCAAACUCGGGUUCGAGCGGUCUGAGGGGCUCUUUUUGGGAUUUCUGUGUCCCAAUCGGUAAGCAUAUAUUUUGAUUUCAUUAUGUCGCUUCUUAAGGCUUCUAUCUAUAUCUCCUAUUCCCCCUUUUCCCCUUCGUAUUUUAGAUCCCUUCUCAGUCUUUGGGUAGCAAUUUUUAGCCCUGUGAUGCAGGGGUAAGGUCUCGGCUUGUCCUUUCGGCAUACUGGACAAAUCUUUGGUUCGAUCUAAGAGCUUGCUCGCGUCCACCAAUCCCUUCCUGUCUUGCCCUGCCUGGUCAUUGUCCGCACGCACAAGGCAACUGAUUUCCCUUUCACAUUCCCCUUUUUAUGCCUUUUCCCACCCGGGCAUCUGGUGUGCUUUGCUCCACUUGAUUUGCCAGUGUCCAUCUCUCCUCUAGCGUUCAAAUGUCGAUAAGUGCUAUCGAUUUCUUGAUUAGCGAAUCGGUAGCGGUAACUUGAGCUAAAAAUAAUUUACUAACAGAUGAAAUCGGUUAGAACGCUGCUGAGAUCACUGUCAACCCAUCCAAACCUUGUGCAACCCCACUAACUCUUCCGAUACGUCUGCCCCACCAUCGCGACAGUUAUCUUUGCACCAAGAAUCUUGACCACUUCCAUCAGCACAUCUCCCCAAACCCCAAACAAUCCAGCAUUCGAGUAUCCGACAAAAUAAUGGCCUCUCCACAAUAUCCUCGACACAGCCGAACUCCGCCAGUAAUCACCGAAAGUGAUGGAUCGAAUUCCCGGAAUGUCUACCCAACGCCAAACUCCGCGCAUGGCCCGGGCACAUUUGAUACAAACCUCUUCGGCUUAUCGGGAAGUGGCAACACUCAUCUCUCUGAGCGUCCACAACCGGCAGUCCCUUCCCUCCAGCCGCCGACUUAUCCUCGCACGAACUCCCCAUUACUGUCGGCCAUCAAUCAACCUCACCCGAACCAAGGUCACUCGCCUUCACUGACCAACGGAAGCGGCGGAAUUUCGCCAGCAACAAGUCAACACUCUUACUACACUCGCAACCUAGGUCACACCUACCCCGAAGGCCCCUCGUCAACAUUAUCACCCCCCGUGAGCUUUGUUGUUGACCCUGGCUCAUCACCAGAAAGAGAUCUCGGCCCCGGCUAUAGCGUGAAUACAACACCUGGUUUCGAUGAGGUUGAUAUGCCACCACUUGCCGAUGAAAAUACGGCUCUUUAUGAUGAAGGAAUUGACCCUUUGGAUCAAUUGUCCGGUCCAUAUUCGUCUCCUGUGAAUAGGAAUCUAGGGAUUUACCAUCCGCCGAGCCCUCGGCCAACCGUUUCCCCUAGCCCAGCGGGGCUAACUGCGAGUAACCUUUGCGGUUUUACGGCUGUGAACAGCAAUUUCCGCAAAAGCCCGGUAGUUAAGGUGGAGGAGUUCACGCCCCAGGACAAUGGAAUGCACCCAACCCCCACUUCACAUGCCCCGACCGGAUCUUCUUCGAGUUCAGGGACUGGGGCCGCUCAGGGUGGGGACAAUCUGACUGUGAAUAGAGGAGAAGAUGGGAGCUGGAAAGGUGGAUUGGACCCAACUGCAAGGCGAGAGGUUGAAUUAGGACUCGGAGACCUCCCUUUUUCACUCAAGGAGCAGGAAAUAAUACGAGGAAUUGAAGAGAAAAACGCCGAUAUUGAAGACUGGCUUAGUAGGAAUACAAAUCUUUCCGUCAAGCCAGCCGACAAGAAACGAUCGAGGAGUCUCGCCGACUUCCGAAGAAGACCAGUGGUGCCACCUAAAAGUAAAGACGAUUCUGUCAGACCCGGCGAGAGUAGCCCGACGACAGGAGCAGUGCUGUUCGACGAGGACGACGAUACAGGUCUACCUGGCGCAUAUGAUUACGAAAUCGACGAUUCUUCAGUAGCUUCUUCGUUCAUUGAGGGCAGCCUGGACGACCCAUUGGAGGACCGAGGCCCAAUGGACACGGGCGAAAACCCGCCUUCGGAAAUAGAAUUGAGGAAGACAGCAGAAGAAGAGGAAGCGGAGCAGAAACGCCGUGAGACCGACCCCCAAUACUACCCAAGACCAAAUCAGUUCUACUCAGCGCAUCCUUGGAAUGACACCGUUGCGCAAGUCGGUAGGGGGGCGGCGAUUACUUCAAGGAACCAGCCCAACACUGCAAACGCAGCAAUCAUCAAGUUCUGUCGUUAUGCCGAAAACAUCGAGACAGCAUCCCGGGUAGCAACAUUUGGUAGUCAGAUGAGCAAAUCCCGACGCCUGAGUGCUGGCGACGCCGACAGAUUUCUGGCAAAUGGGUUAUUGAAAAGCUUGAGUUUUGGGAGGGAGAAAGAUAAGGAGAAGGAGAAGGAGAAGCAAUUGAAUCACCAGCGAAGACCUAGUAUGUGGGGCACAAUACCUUCGAGACUGAAGCGAGGGUUUAGCAAUGCGGGCGAUAGAGAACGGGAGAAGGAGAAGGAGAAGGAGAGACUUGGAACUGGUUUAAGCACGGAAGGAAGGAAAAGGGGUAACUCUGCCGCAUCGCUCGCGAGUACGGCUAGUCACGCAUUCGCCCCCAUAAAACGAGGAAGUAGCUUCGCAAAACCGGCUCCCAAGAGUCCAUUGAGAGUCGAUACAAAGAAUAUCGGCGGAGCAAUUGCUCAGAUAGCUGGGAUGGCGGCUGGCGCCGGGCAAAGCUCAGCUCAUACAGCGCACACUGCGAGCACAGCUGGUAUAAUCAGUCCACCAACCCGAUCAUUAAGUGGAGGAUUCAUUGCACAAACAGUGAAGAGGGCAAGAAGCAAGAGUGAUAUAUCAUCGUCGAAAUUGCAGAAGGAAAAGCCAGUAUUCGGCAUUGUCAGCAUGUUGGGACAGUAUGGAGGACCGCCAGCUCUUCCCAUAGGGUCGCCGGUCCAGAGUGCCGAAAGCGAGUCUCCAAGGAGAAACUUUACAUUUGGGGAAGAAUCUAGAAAACGUGGGACUGCCGCAGCAAAGUUGCUUUGCCCUCCAGACCCACAUAGACAUGAUGGUUACGAUGAGGAUGACGAUAAUGAUAUGGAUGAGGAUGACAUGCAAAAUAACCAGCAUACCGCCCCCCCUGGAGCCAGACCACCUUUGCCAAAACUAGAUAUUACCCCCAACCCUGAGGGUUUCUCUCAGCACGUCCGUGGCCUCACGCCAGCGUUGCAUCCGAAACUCGUUGAUAGAGUCGUCUAUGAGCAAGGUAAAAGAUUUAAAAAGCUCGUGGAACAUAGACAGAAGCAUUUGGCUGCGAUCAGGGGUGGGAGGAGAUGCGGAAAUGCGACCAAGUGCAGGGGUCCUGUUGGUUCAAUUGGUCCCGGUGGCGAUCCUUCCGCCAAUGGGCACAAGAGGAACACAAGCGGGGGAAGUGUAGAGGGGGAAGGUUCGACCACCCCUAUCGUCCAAUGAGAUUCCUAAUAUGAGUUCUACUAACACGACCCCCCCCAGCCUACUCUUCCGAUGAGACUGUUGGUGACGGGUCGCACUCUCCGACCGAAGGCAAAGUUACUGCAACACAAUUCCCACCGGGGGUUCCGCAACCACCAGUCUUACGCUUGCCAGCCGAAUUUGAGUGUCCGAUUUGCUUCAAGGUGAAGAAGUUCCAGAAACCAUCCGAUUGGACUAAGCACGUUCACGAAGAUGUCCAACCCUUUACCUGCACGUUUGUGGAAUGCACGGAGCCCAAAUCCUUUAAGCGGAAAGCCGAUUGGGUUAGACAUGAAAACGAACGACAUAGGCACUUAGAGUGGUGGACUUGCACGUUGCCUGACUGCACUCAUACCUGCUACAGGAAGGACAAUUUCGUUCAGCAUCUAGUUCGCGAGCAUAAGAUGCCGGAACCCAAGGUCAAAGCUCAGAAGGCAGCUGCUAGGAAGGUCAAGAAGGGCGCUGCCGGCACGAACGAGGGCGCACCCUCGCAAGAGGACUUUGACAGGGUCUGGCAAAUCGUUGAUUCCUGCCAUCAAGUCACAACCAAGCACCCCACGCAGGAAAAGUGCAGGUUCUGCGGAAAUGUAUGCCCGACGUGGAAGAAGUUGACGGUGCACUUGGCAAGGCAUAUGGAGCAAAUAUCACUCCCAGUACUGGACUUGAUAAAGGAUGAUGCGGUGGUACCUCCCAGUGCCAGGCCAUCAGCUGCCAGCAAACGUGUUCAACAAAACAGCGCUUCGUCUAAACCCGAGCCUUCCAAACCGCCACCGCCACCACCGAUACAACAGCCGGAUAUGGAGAUGGAUAUUGAUCCCACGGACACAACGCAAAGACAGCUCACCGGAGGCGGGGACUGCGAUGCAAUCCCACCACAGUUCCACUCUCCAGAUGCUUCUGCUUUCGGCUUGGAUCCAGCACAUCUGCAAUACACCCCUCCACGUAGCUCACCCAACGUGGAUGAUCGAUUUGGAAUCCAAACACCGCUGAGGGCCCCGCAGUUCGUUAGCCCUCAUAGCUUCGGUGCAGAACAGAAUCUGCGAAUGCAGCAGCAGCAGCAGCUAGCAAUGGGGACCAACAGUGAAUUUGAUUUUUCAAAUAACCCGGACCGCGAUAUCUAUUCAUUAAGUCCACAGCAGCAGCAGCAACAGCAUACCCCAACAAGUUCAGGGGUAACAACACCACAGAGAAUAGCAACUCAAGCCGGCAGAUAUAUUGAUGUUUCACCUCCGCCUCAGCCUUGUUUACAGUACCCACAGCAUCGCAGCCCUCUCAUACAUCAACAGCAAAUGCCGCAACAACCACAAUACUUUGCAUACGGACAUGCAUCGGGGCAGGUCCAAGGUGCCCAUGGACAGAUCCACUCGCAGACAGUCGCACACGCAAACGCAUACAAUUUCUAUCCACAGCCUCAGCAGGAUGAUCUCGGAAUUCCUGGGACAGUAGUUACGGCUGUUGACCCCACAGAUGACUACCUAAACGCGCCAUACACAACAUCAUGAGACCCUCGUGACUGUUUCCGAGUGAUUUGGCAAGUAUUUCACGUCUGUGUAGUGAUAAUAUCAUUGAACGCUUGAUGGGUUUCUUUACGGAUUGAUACCUCAAAGGAGCUCAAAUAGUUAAAAGUCAUUUCUGUUUUAGUAUUCUUUUGUGAAAUGUUUUUAGGAAUGUGAAGGUCACCAUUUGGCGGAGCUGGUUUUCUGAUGGGGUUUUCUAUGUUUACUCCACGUUUAUUUCUUAAAACCCGUCUUGUUUUGAGAGCGCGUAUCGGAUGCUUUUAUCGCAGCACUACCCACGUCUCUUUUUUUUUUUUUUUUCCCUUUCAUUCUUUCUCUCCAAACUCUCUCUCUCUCUCUUAUUUGGUCCAUUCUUUUUUCCAAGGCUACAGAAAUAGUGUGUUUCGAGUCAUGACCGAUUCGAGGGUUACGUGUUAUGGAGUUUCUGGUACAUGGAUAUGAUAAGAUGAGAUCUUUGAGCCCCCCCCCCCCCCCCUGUCUGGUGAUUUCGGCUCUGAAUUUCAAAAGUUGGUUCCGGGCUCUCCCUAUUCAGCGAUUCUCCUUUUCUCGAUUACAUCCUUUCCACUGUCCUGAUUAAUUUCCUUUCAUGUAAUGAUGACAUUUAUUCCCAUUUCUUUGGAGAGUAGCGUAAUACGAUAGGGCUGGAAGGGAAAAGGGAGAGACACUCCGUGAGAUUUUAAUCGGCGCACCAGUGGAAUGGGUUGCAUUUUACUGAUCACGCUCGGAGCACGAUACGAUAAAAACACGCUGCACACACACACAAUCUGCCUCGCGGCGAACCUACCCCAGGCAGAUUAUUUAUUACUGGCAGGGCGGGCAGCAGCGUACAAGUAUGAUAUGCUUUUUUUUUUCUUUUUUAUUUCGAACGAUAACUGGGCCAAUCACGAGCGCUCGGCGCUUUGAAAUUGGGUAGCCGUAACCACAGCUCAUAAGACCUGUGGGCACAGGAAUAUCAGAUCUGUUUCGCCGCCUGCCUUGCACAUGUUCGCAUAGAGACGGUAAGAAAAGGAUUAAACUCGCAGUAAUAACAUGAUCGGGACGCACACUUUCACUCAAUCCUCACCCACCCACCGCCCGCGCAUACACACGGACUCACACAGCUCAUUCAAAACUUGGCCACAGCAAAAGGGAGAAGCGAUAUGAAGCGAUAUAUAGUAAUGGAGUGCUAGGGCACAAUACAGAGAAGUAUCGCAGAGGAAAGCUGUAAAAAGCGUGCGCGAUGUGCUACCCACGAUACACGACAGGUCCGCUAGGUGACUUUGAAAUUGUGCUCGAGUACUGUGCUAGUACAGGGUUAUGUAUGAUACGAUAUGAUGGGGGGGUUUAGAUUAAAUAGCAUACCGCUGUCAUUCUCAGGUCCCUCUGGCAGAAUGUUCAGAACGUAAGCUGCAGGUGAGCACAGCGCAGUAUGGUAGGUUGGG